CUCUUUGGGUUGGUAAGCCUGAAAACGAGGGCUGGGUCUACUCGGGUUGCGCUGUUGCCAGUGUAACAUUGCAGGGCCGACCGUAUGAUGUUAUGGCUGUGACGGUAGGCUUUCACGGCACGAUGCUUUUCCUUCUAGAAGCUCCAGUGAUCAGGCCUGCCAGCAAGAAUGAAGACAUCAUUGCCUCCGCAUUGAUGUGCGGGUUGGGUAAAUGUGAACGGUGUCUUGAUCAGAGCGUUGUGCGGACAUUGUGGUGUGCCUGAUCGCGCAAUGUGAUCUUUCAUCUUCAUUUCGGAUAUAGUCUGGAUCAAUCACGAAGACGUCAGUUGGUAUUGUAUAGGAUGUGCAUCUAUCUAUCCUCAAUUGAAUUGAAGUUUGACCGGAUUGCUGGAAAUCUUCAGGGAGUGAGACAUUGCUGCAAACCUCCCGUGUCUGUGUUGAUGCGGGUUGUCGUUUUGGAUUGCAAGAGAGAUCGCUUAGCGCGCUUCGACUUUGCCGAGGCCAGUGAGCAUUUUUGUUUGGAAGUGCUGGCUUGCUGUCAUGUUUGGGAAAGUCGACUGGCUUUUGCCGGCGGCAGUCUUGCUCUUGCCGCAAAAGUUCCCCCUUCUAGAAGCCUUGUGGAACGUCGAUGCCCCUCCUUGUCAAUUUCGCGAACAGACCCACGCCGCACGCGGCUACAAGAGCAAAGGGCUGCUCGACAGCAGGGGCCUCUCUACCUCGUGGCUUCUUGCCCUGGAUGCUUGUGGCAUCACGGCAACAUUGCACAAUGGUGUAAGCAGUGUGCGGAUGCUGCCCAAUGGGUUCCUCUCUAUCGGUGAAGCAGGACAAGGUAGAAAGGUAAGUUAGAGUGGAAAUAAU